GUGAGAAUUGAGGGCGCUAUAUUAUAUCAUCAAAAUACGGAAGUAAACAUAACCUAUUUGUUGGCUAAUCUUGUUUUUAUAGUUCUUCACAAAGGUGAAAUGACUGAGUCAAGAAUAAGCUUGAGGGAGAAGGCUUACAUUCUAGAAAGACGAUGUGAGUCUGUACCGAAUGGGGGUAUACACGAUGUGGAUAGGUACAAUCGACCAGUCUUGUUGCAGCAGGCCAAAUCUUUGAAGAAAUCAGCUCGUUCAAGAAAGUCUGUAUUCAAAUGGGAUAAUUCUGAUGUUUUACGAUGGCUGAGGAAACAUCAUCUGCAAUACUAUCAGCUGUAUGGGACCAACUUCAAGGAACAUGACAUAUCAGGUCGAGCAUUGAUCAAGUUAAACCUUAUUAAGUUAGAGAAGAUGGAGAUAAGUGACCCAACACACAGAACCGACCUCUUAGAAUAUAUUUUGCGUCUUCGUUUGAAACACGAACAAACAGAACUUCGGUUGCUAUCUAGCAACGUCAUG